UGUGGCUCUGCUGUUUCUGUAGCACGGAGAAAGGAGUCCUCAGAGAGAUCUAUGUGGAGGAUCAGGUCUGACUGUGUUCAGUCUGGAUCUGCUCUGAGGGAGUGUGUAACAUCUUCAUACUCUUCCUCCUUCCUGGAUCUCACCUGCUCAGACUCUGUCAGGCUGGUGAAUGGGAUCAGUCUGUGCUCAGGCAGACUGGAGGUGAAGUCUGACCAGUCUAACCAGAGCUGGUCCUCAGUGUGUGAAGCUGACUUUGACCAGCAGGAUGCAGAGGUGGUCUGCAGGGAGCUUGGCUGUGGGGCUCCUUCAGUCCUCCAGGGGGCGCUCUAUGGAGAAGUGGAGACUCCAAUGUGGACCAAAGAGUUCCAGUGUGGAGGAAAUGAGUCUGCUCUCCUGGACUGUAGAAGCUCAGGCUCAGAUAGAAACACCUGCUCACCUGGCAGAGCUGUUGGACUCACCUGCUCAGGUAGAAGAGGUGCUGCAGCUUUCAUUUGGUUAAUUUCUGUUCUGAUGAAACUCACUUUAUUCUUUUACCGAUGACUCUCUUGUUUCUGGUCAGAGUCUGAUAGUUUCAGG